CUCCGCCAGGAGGUCCCCCAGGGCUACACUGGUAAGGUCUGAGCUGGGGUGAACACCGCUGUGGCGAUCUGGGCCAUUCUGGGCAUCCGGACCAGCUUCUCCUAGCUGCUUCCUCGCAUGGAUCUACCCGGACUCCUCUGCGCCUUCUUGCUGGUCGUCUGCUGCUGCUGUCGCCGCGCCACUGGUGUGCCUGGAGAGGCGGAGCAGCCCACACCAGAGAUGGUGGAGGUGGAAGUGGGCAACACGGCCCUUCUGAGGUGUGGCCCUUCGCACUCCCUGAGCAACCUCAGCCAUGUGGACUGGUUUUCUGUCUACAAGGAGAAGCCCACACUCAUCUUCCGUGUGCGCCAGGGCCAGGGUCAGAGUGAGCCUGGGGAGUACCAGCACCGCCUCAGCCUCCAGGGCCCAGGGGCUCUGGCUCUGACUCAGGUCAUGCCCCAUGAUGAGCGCAUCUUCCUGUGUCAGAGUAAGCGUCCUUGGUUCCAGGAGCACCGCAUUCAGCUCCGUGUUUUCAAAGCUCCAGAGGAGCCAACCAUCCAGACCAGUGCCCUGGGCAUCUCUGUGAACAGCAAGGAGCCUGAGGAGGUCGCCACCUGUAUAGGGAGGAAUGGGUACCCCAUUCCUCAAGUCAUUUGGUACAAGAAUCGUCUGCCCCUGAUGGAGGAGAAAAAUCGUGUCCACAUUCAGUCCUCGCAGAUCGUGGAGUCAAGUGGCUUAUACACCUUGAAGAGUGUUCUGAAGGUACAGCUGGUUAAGGAAGACAAAGAUGCCCAAUUUUAUUGUGAGCUCAGUUACCGACUGCCCAGUGGGAACCACAUGAAGGAAUCUAGGGAAGUCACUGUCCCCGUUUUCUACCCAGCGGAAAAAGUGUGGUUGGAAGUGGAGCCUGCGGGAAUGCUGAAGGAAGGGGAUCGUGUGGAAAUCAGAUGUUUGGCGGAUGGCAACCCCACACCUCCCUUCAGCAUCCACAAGCAGAAUCCCAGCACCAGGGAGAUGGAGGAAGAAAGAUCCACUGACAAUGGCCUCCUGGUGCUGGAGCCUGCCCAGAAGCAGCACAGCGGGCUCUACGAAUGCCAGGGUCUGGACUUAGAAACCACGAUACCACUGUUGAGUGAACCCCAGGAGCUGCUGGUGAACUAUGUGUCUGAUGUUGACGUGAGUCCUGCAGCCCCUGCGGGCCAAGAAGGCAGUAGCCUUACACUGACCUGCAAGGCAGAGAGUAACCAGGCCCUCGAGUUCCAGUGGCUGAGAGAAAAGACAGGCCAAGUGCUGGAAAAGGGGCCUGUACUUCACUUUGACCAUCUGAAACGGGAGAUAGGAGGAGGCUACCGCUGUGUGGCAUCUGUGCCCAGCGUACCUGGCCUGAACCGCACACAGCUAGUCAAUGUGGCCAUUUUUGGUCCCCCAUGGAUGGCAUCAAAGAAGAGGAAGGUGUGGGUGAAAGAGAAUACAAUGCUUAAUCUGUCUUGUGAAGCAUCAGGACAUCCUCGGCCCACCAUCUCCUGGAACAUCAACGGCACUGCAAGUGAAGAAUACCAAGAUUCACAGAGGGUGCUGAGCACUCUCAAUGUCCUUGUGACCCCAGAGCUGUUGGAGAGGGGCGCGGAAUGCACAGCUUCCAACUCCCUGGGCAGAAACAGCACCAUCAUCAUCCUGGAGCUGGUCAGUUUAACUACCCUCACACCAGACUCCAGCAAAACAGCUGGCCUCAGCACCUCCACUGCCAGUCCUCAUGCCAGAGCCAACAGCACCUCCACAGAGAAAAAGCUGCCGGAGCAGGAGAGCAAGGGCGUGGUCGUUGUGGCUGUGAUCGUGUGUAUCCUGGUCUUGGCUGUGCUGGGCGCUAUCCUCUAUUUCCUCUACAAGAAGGGCAAGCUGCUGUGUGGGCGGUCAGGCAAACAAGAGAUCACGCUGCCCCCGUCUCAUAAGAGUGAAUUUGUAGUUGAAGUUAAGUCAGAUAAGCUCCCAGAAGAGAUGGGCCUCCUACAGGGCAGCAGCGGUGACAAGAGGGCUCCAGGAGACCAGGGAGAGAAAUACAUCGAUCUGAGGCAUUAGCCAUGGAAUCACAUUGGCUCUCUCCUCACCUGGACAGUUUCUGGCUCCCUGCUCACUCUUUUCCCCAGCCAAAGCCCCCAAAGGGACUACAGAGAAGACCCCUGCUCCAGCACACCUACAGAUCCAUUCUAGAGGGCUAUGGGCUAGGGCCAGAGCCAUCCCAAGAAGGACCUCACUUGGCCCUGGAGGCCCCCUUUUAGGGCCCAGUCCACCUCUAUCUCCACUUAUGUGAUGUUCAGAAGAGGCCUCAGUUCCCCACAAGUGACUGAAGUUUCUUGUAGAACAUGUUUUCUCCUUAAAUAUGCUAUAGCUAUAAAUACCUGUCUUCUACCAGCCCCCAUCCGAGCUGGUUUUCUGCCUACCCCCGCCAGGCUGGCUUUGGUAAUUCAUUUGUACCCCUGACAUGAGAAGGCCCAGGUGCCUGUUCACUGUCACAGAAUGUCACUUUUGCUGGCUCUGGAGAGUACGCUGUAGUAUCCGGAAGCAAUGGCAGAGUCGCUGCUAUAACUUCCUGCCUGCCGCUCUUGUGACAUUUUCUCUUCGGGCACAAAUCAGGAACUGGUGUUAUUUCCUCAAGAAUGUCCUGCAGGGAGGAAGCCGGGUGACAUUCCUGUGAAGACGUCUGAGCCUGAGCCCCUGCAUUUACAUGGCUCCCAGUGCCCUCAAAGGAUCAUGUGAGACUGAAAGAUGAGAGAUGGAGGGAGAGAGAUGAGGUGACCUGUCCUUUAUGGGGAUUAAGGCCAUAGUUAUAUUAUCACCAGAUUUCUAUAAACUGAGCUAAUGGGCCUAGACUCUACAAGGGCCCAAUAGGAGAAUGGUACUUAGGGAUGAAAAAACCAGGGGCCUGGCUAGAGCUUUGGGGGGUGUAUGAAUGUGUGUGAGUGUGUGUGUGUGUGUGUGUGUAGUCACAUGCAUGCUUGCUCAUGUGGUUUUGUUGUAUGUAAAUCUGCAAAUUAUGUGUGUGUGCAUGCGUGUGUGUGUGUGUGUGUGUGUGUGUGUUUGAGAGAGAGAAAAAUAAAGCUUAAUUGUCCUGGAAGUUGUGCAGUGCUUUCUAUUCAUCAUGGGUACCACAGGUACCUGGGGUUUCUCACCUGCACCAAAAAGAACACAGAACCCUUUGCAGCUGCCAGUGGAGACCAGGGUUUCUUCUGGUUCCAGUUCUGCCCCAGAGAGGCUAGCCCCGCCAUCUCUCAGCAGCAUGUGGGGCCUGGCAGACUGCUGGCCAGGGGCUGUAUCUGAUUCUGGGUGCUGCCCUCAAGGCAGCAGAACCCACCUCAGUAUCUGGUCAUAUAUUACCUCCCAAAUGAGCAAGAACUCGAGUCUGCUACAACAAAAGAAACUUUAUUUAAAAAUACUUCUUUUACAGACAUGGGUGCUUGAAAAGCUCUUUAGUUAACUGUGUAUGGAAAUGAAAAAAAAUUAAUAAAUAACAUUAGUAUAACAGACCUCUAAAUAUUAAUACAUUGGCAAAACAAUGGACUUAAAAUGAAAAUGAAUCUUAAAGCUCUGCUAUUCUCUGUAAGAAUAUUUACCUUCUGUUUUUUCUUGUUCUUUACAGGUGAGGAUGAUUAAAUACUGCUAAUAUAUUUUUUUUUAUAUUAAUGACACAUUUUUAAAAUAGUCCACAAAAAUCUUACCUAAGUGUCUGUUUUGUUUUCUUAACACUGAUAUACAAAUUGGGACUCUUCAUUCUAGAGAAAACAUCAAGUUCUCUCCAGCCCCACCCAGGUCAAGAAUUUCAAAAUCUUGAAUAAGGAGGAUUUUAUAAAGAAUUGUUUCUAUCUCCCAAUUCUUUAUUAGUUAAAGGCAGGGAAGAAUUGAGGAAACGAUAAGUAAAAUGUCACUAUAUAGAAAACUUCCUCCUGCUGAAACCUAUUAUGAUAAUAAUACCGACAGGCUUCUGGUACACAUUCCUUGCUGCCCUUCUCUGGGGAAAAGCAGACCUUGUAGAGGGCACUAGCUACUUAAUGCUUUUAAGUUUAAAGACUUCAAAUGAAAGGAAAUCCAAGUCUGAGGAAGAAGCAGGAGGUCUAGGCUGGCUCAGGAUCCAGCAAAAAAGAAAAAAAAAAAAAAAAAGAACUGCCUCCCCUUUUCAGGAGAGUCCACUUCUCCAUAUGCAACAGGGUCAUUGAUAUGAUCAGGGGACUGGGGCACUUGGAAUGGUCCAGAGUAUAUCUGGAAAUUGUGGAACAUUUUGUCUCUUGCAAGAGACAAAGCAUUCAAUCUGAUAACUAAGCUGCUGAUUGGAACCAAACAAAUGAUCCCAAGUACAAUGCUGCUCUCUUCCAAAAAAGCCUCAUGAUAGAGCAAAGGGACCACAGGCAUACUGUAUCUUGUGUGCCACAUCUCCAGCCACAGAGAGACUCUUCCUAUUCCCUGGACUCUAGGGCUAAGGAUACUCAAGGUAGAGGAGCUCAGACUCGGGCAUUUCCAUAUUAAGUCCUAAAAUGCAGCCUUGGAUACAGUGCUGCCUUAGAAAGGCACAAAACGUUUGGCUUUUUUUUUUUUUUUUCAGUGUGCUAAAAAUUGUUUUGAAUAAAGGAAAAAGAUAUAUAAGGUUAAAAAUCCCAAGUAACCACAGCCAGAAAGCAGAUGUAGGAGGUACCUCAUAGCUGCCAUGCCCUGCCACAUGUUUCAGCAGGAAGUUGGGCUUGUCAUUCAAGGCCAAGACACUAAAACAGUACUGAGCAGGGUAGGUCAGGAGCCAUCUCCUCUCCACAGGCAUUGCACUAUAGGCUCGUUCACCCCAACAACAGGACAGGAGAGAGAGAGGCCAUGGGAGAGAACACAUGGUUUACAGACUCAAGUAGUUCUCUGCCUCUUCAGUUUCAAGACAGCCAUAAGCAUGGCUACCCUCACCCACUAUGGGGUCAGAGGUAGGCAGGAAGGAAGAAGUGAAACAGGCACCCAGCACUCCCACUUCAGGGCCUGUGCAGGGAGGCAGUGCAAAGCCUGAGGAGCUGCUUGCAGAAGUGCUGAGCAAUCAUCUUCUCUGGCCUUCCAUCGGGUUCAGGGUAGGAAAAAAACCUGUGCAAGGCAAUGUGGAGGGUUGCCACUCACAUUCUCUUUUGGGACUGAAUCAGGAUUACAAAGCCAGGUGAUCAGAACUCUGCUGAUUUGUUCAGCUGCCAGAUCAGGAGAUCUGAGGCUGGCUUCCAGCCUUGACUCUGUAAAACACAGGGAGUGGUCAGCCACAUUUUUCUCAAACACUAUACUAGGGAAAGGGGUGGCAAGAUCUCCAAACAGCUGUUAGUCUGUUAGUCAACAGCUGGCCCUUCUGCCUGGGGGCUUUCCAUUUGACGCUGAAUGAAUGUGCAGGGUCUGCUCUCUCCAUCCCUAUUUCUCCAUCUCUUCCUCUUUUACUACUUUCUAGAACCAAGGAAUACUGAUUCUUCUUCCCUUUGGAACAACCCAGAUUUCCUGGGACACUGUGAAGGCACAUGGCACUACUGUCCCUCUAACCCUUAAUUUAGGAGCCUAGACUAGACUAUCAAACACAAAAUCUGGUGACCUACCCUUCCAUGUGCCUUGAUGUAUGUCUUUGGAUCAUUAGGUUACUUCUGUGUAUAUCAAAUGACUCUGGUAGUUUAAAAAAGUUAUAAGCAAGGCAUAUAAAAUGCCUUACAAUGCAAAACAGGCUCAGGAUGGGAAAAACAACAGAUCCAGGCAAGGUGAAGCAAAGUUUUUUUUUUUUUUUUUU